AACCCUAGCCACCAUUUGACUAAGAAAGAAGAAAUGAGAGGGAGGUUGUCGGCAGCAUGAGAGUGAGACAGAGAAAGGAGGUGACCAGAUUUUCGAAGAGGAAGAAAGGAUAUAAUCAGACAGCGCGUAUAUCAAACGACCAUGGCUAGAUAAAGAAGAGUCGUCGAACCAAUCGUGAAUUUCACCGUCAAGAAUGAUGUGAAUCGUAAUUAUGAUUGUAACUAUGACUUGUAUUCUUUGGGGAUGAUGUGAAUAGUAACUUGACUAUAACUAUAACUUGUGUUCUUUGGGGACAAUGUGAAUAGUAACUAUAACAACGACCAUGAUUGUAAUUAUGACAUAUGAGUGUAACUAUGAUUAGGACCAUGUUGAUAGUGUUAGUAUUAUUUUUCUUUCGUGAUUGUGACUAAGUGUUAUCAUAUGAAAUGAUACGAUUUAUACAUGUGUGCUGGUUGUGUAUGGUGAAAUGAUAGGAAUUUAUUGUUAUGUGAAUAUGUACUUAAGGAGUGGUAUUCAGUACGUGAAUAAGAGUUUAAAGAAUGGUAUUUUAUGUAUGAAUACGUGUAAUUAAUAUGAAUACGAUAUUGCGUUCAUGAGAUUAUGAAUAAACCAAAAGUAAUUUAUAGGAAUAUAGCUGUAAUAUUCACCUAAAACAAAAAAUAUAUAUAAAUAAAUAAAAUUUAGAGUUUGGAUGUAAAUGAAAGGAAUUUUUAAAAAUUAUGAUUUUUAAUUAAUUUUAGAAACUUAAAUGAAAGUGGGUAAGAAAAAGGGGGGUAAAAACAUAAAUAAGGAGAUUUAGAAAUUGGCAAAAGAAAUCAGGAAAAUGGAUGGCCCAGAUCGGACUGUUGGAGGAGAUUGGAUGGAGGAGAUUUCAAAGAAAAUUGACAGCCCAAAUUGAACCUCGCAAAAUCCAACAGCCAAGAAGAUUGGUAUUUAAGGAACCAAUUAGGGUUUCCUUCUUCAUUUUGAAGGAUAGUCGAAAAAGAGAGGGAAAAGAGAGAGGAGUCGAUCGAGGAGAGAGGAGGAAGAAAAUUGUGGCGUGGGGAAAACCGAGAAGGAGAGAAGAGAGAGGAAAAGAAGAGAGAGGCCGGAAGGGAAAAAGAAAAGAGAGAAAAGGGAAGAAAAAGAGGGUGGCCGAGCGAGAAGAAGAGAAGUCGAGAACGGUGGAGGCGGUGAGUGGAGUUGAAGCCGAAAGGAAGCAGAAGGGAAGGAAAACGACCGAGACGUCGUGUGAAGACAGAGACCGACGCGAGCAAAGGUUUGAAAAAUCACAUUCGAGUUUCAACCAAGCUAGGGAGCCGCGGGGUAGCCGAAAGGAGACAACUAGGAGCCGAGCUGAGGCUGAAUCACUCGCAUCGAAAGUAAAAUCGUUAUGUUUUCGUGUUUUGAUGGUGGUUGGGCAGGGGUGAGGCAGGGUUGGUGUCGGGCUAGUCGCGCGAGCUCAGCUGGGCCACCCACCCGCGCAAGAACCGAUGAGGUUUCCUCGAGAAUGGGGAAAGUCGACCCAUUCAGGAAACCGAAGGGUCCCAAGCAUGGGAACCUGGUCCACCAUUUUGGGUUUCGAUUCGUUGUUCGGAAAGUUGAAAAGCCUUCCUCGACAAACGGGAAUCCGGUUGCUGUUCGGGAAACUGAAAAUUUUUUCUCGAAAAAUGAAAAUCUAAUUCGCUGAACGGGGAGCUGAAAAGUUUUUCGGGUACGGAUCCUGUUAAUUUUAGGUAUUCCGUUGGGUGGUCAUUGGAACCUAUAAUUUGAUUAAAUUAAUUUUUAUUAUUUCGAAAUAUUUUAAUUAAUUAUAUUGUGUGUACAUAAAAAGUUGGACAUUCAGGCGAAUCCAAAAAGACGCGUAGGAGAGUAAAUAUUUUU